GCGAAUCGGGUUGUUUUUGGCGGCGGACCCCGGAGAGAUUCACAAGGCGAUAUGGCAGGAUCUCUGGCUAAUAUCCCCGACGUAGAGAUUGAUCCCGAAGGAACUUUUAAGUACAUUUUAGUCAGAGUGAAAGUGAAAGAUGGCGAUGCGCAGAAAGACAUAGUGCGAGGCACCAAAAGUGCAGAGUACCACAAUCACAUAUUUGACAAAGUCAACCCGGCUCUGGAGGCCUUGGGGAUGGAGUGUAAAUGCCUCGGAGGAGGGAAGAUUGAGCACAACAGCAAGGAGAAGAAAAUCAGGGUGUUUGGGGAGUCAACUGCUUUUGGCAAAGCGGAUCACUCUGUGUCUGUGGAGAAGCUGAAGAUCGUCUUCAGCGACUAUGAAAUCACUUGGUCCGAUGACAAGAAAUGAGUYUAUUAAACAUAAUCUGUCUGCUGUUAUUUAUGAGUUAAAAUCUGGAAAACCACAAGCUAAUGCCACCACUUUCUGUUCUGGUUUCAUUUGAUUCAGAAAGCAACAUUUGUAUUUUCUCUGAGUGAAAUUUGUUUGAUAAAUUUGGUAAAGUAUUUAUGAAUAGGAGUUGCCUAACCUCCUUACGUGUUUUUGAAAGUGAAUCUGAUUGUUUUCAUUUAUGUGAAAUGUGAACCUUAUUUUAUAACCCAUUUACCAAAGUCCUAAAAUAAAUUAUUUUCUCCCCUUUU